CCACCGCAACUACAUCACCAACAACUGUAAGCUCUGCGGCAACUACAUCACCUUAUUCAACUGCUACUGCCACCACUGCCAUUGGUACAGCAAAUACUUCAUCAUCAUCAGCUUACAAUGCUAACGCAACAAGUUCUGCUGCAUCUACAUCAUCAUCUUCAUAUGAAGAUAAAAAACAACCUACAUCUUAUCAUGCAGUUCCACCACCAGACUUCUUAUGA